GGCAAAAAAAAAAAAGAAGAAAAAGUUUCUCAAAGGAAGAGACGGCUGUUUCUGUGGUAACGGAUUGAGUCGGGUCAUUUUGAGUGCGAAAGAUGGAAGAGUCUGGUGUCUAUAGGUGUAUCGAGUGCAAUCGGAAAGCGACAGAGUUGUACAAGGACUACCAGCGUGGCGUGUUGCGCAUUUCCAUCUGCAAAUCCUGCCAGAAGCCAGUAGACAAAUAUAUAGAAUAUGAUCCUGUUAUCAUCUUAAUUAAUGCUAUCUUAUGCAAAACACAGGCUUACAGACAUAUUUUGUUCAACACAAAGAUAAAUAUUCAUGGGAAGCUCUGCAUAUUCUGUUUGCUUUGUGAAGCUUAUCUCAGGUGGUUACAGCUACAGGAUUCAAACCAAAGUCCUGAUCCUGAUGAUUUCAUUAGAUAUGCCAAAGAAUGGGAUUUUUAUAAAAUGUUUGGAAUAGCAUCUCUGGAACAAACUGCUUUCUUAAUUGGCAUCUUCUCUGCUCUGUGGUUAGCAAAACCUGUAGUUCUGAAAACCAAAGGAGAUUUCACCUUUCUUCUGAAAGCGUUGGUACUAUCCAGCUAUGGAAAACUUCUGCUGAUUCCAGCUGUUAUUUGGGAACAUGACUAUACUCAUUUGUGCCUCAAGCUCAUUAAAGUUUUUGUCUUGACAUCAAAUUUCCAAGCAAUUAGAGUUACUUUGAACCUAUGUCGAAAACUUUGUCUGGUGGCCAUUUUGAAUGGAUUAAUUUUGGAAAAUGGAAUCAUCUAUUUGUUCCAGAGGAUAGGAUGGAAUAUUUGAAACAAUUUGUUUCAUUAUGUUAACUGUGGAAAUAUUUGAAGAUGAAAAGACUGUCUUUGGAGUCAUUCACUUUGCCACAAUUUACUAUUUGUUCAUUGUAAAUACAGUGGUAAUGAAAUGCUGAAUAUAAAUGAAACUUUUUGUGUACUGAACAGAAGACAGUGCUGGGAACAGUAUCUGAAAUCAAACCAGCAAAUUUAGGUUUAUGCACUGAUACUUAAUUUUUAUAAAAUUCUUGAAUACUUUCGGUUUGUGAAAAAGGAUCAAGUUGUCUGUUUUCUAACUGCAUCAUUUUGUAUUUUGCAUUUUAAAAGAAAACAAGUAUAAUUUGUUUCAUUGUGAAAAAAGGGGGUUGCAAAAAGGAGACAAAAUAGUACUCCUAUGAAGAAAGGCCAAUUUGGCUAUUUUUCAAGCUAAAACAAAGCAGCACAAAGAACAGCAAACUAAUUCUAAGACUUUUUCUGGCAACAAACCAAUACUUCAGACGGGGCAUAAAGACUGCAAUGGCACAAUGACGAAUCAGAAAAUGCAUGAGCACAGGGGAUUAAUAAAGUACAGUUGCCUGUUAAGCACUCCUGUGCAUUCUGCCUCAUUUGCUGGGGUGGAUAGCAAACCACUCAGAUCCCAUGGUCUUUUCUUGGGUCACUGGGAAGCUUGUUAACCACCCCACCCAACUACCUCACCAGGUUCACAGGUGAACUUUCUUUGUAGGGCCAUCAGUUUGAUUUUGCUGGGAAGUAUACCACUAGAUUUUAUUUUUUUAGUUGAGCAGUAAUCACAUUCUAAUUUGUUGUUUAUAGAUCCUUCAAAUAAUAAUUUCUAAUUUGUUGUUUAUAGAUCCUUCAAAUAAUAAUUUCUAAUUUGUUGUUUAUAGAUCCUUCAAAUAAUAAAGAUGCUUUGAAGGCUUGU